UGUUCCGUUAACGCCGGCUAUUCCCGUUGGAAAAAGCCUGCCCCCCGGCCAUCUCAGUGGCUCAGCUUUCCAGGCUGGAAAGCCCCAGAGUAAUACUUACUGAGUUAAUUCUCGCAUUACGCAGCAGAGUUGGCUAGCCUGUCUUAAAAAGGAACCGAGUUUAUGGGGAGUAUGGGAGGCACAAUACCGCCUGCUCCAGCCAAUGCCUCCACAGAGGAGACAAGUAAGGGCAAAGCAGAGGAACAGCCAGAGGAACCGGUUAAAUCACCCGAACCAGAAAGUGAAGAGAGUGACUUAGAAAUUGACAAUGAGGGAGUGAUUGAACCAGACAACGAUGACCCUCAAGAAAUGGGGGAUGAAAAUGUGGAGGUAACUGAAGAGAUGGCGGAUCAAGCUAAUGAAAAGAAGAUUGAAGCGAUAAAUGCUCUAAGUGAAGGUGAACUUCAGAAGGCUGUUGACUUGUUCACAGAUGCUAUCAAGCUGAAUCCUUGUUUGGCCAUCUUGUAUGCCAAGAGAGCGAGUGUUUUUGUGAAACUGCAGAAGCCAAAUGCUGCCAUUAGAGAUUGUGACAGAGCCAUCAAGAUUAAUCCUGACUCAGCACAGACCUACAAAUGGAGGGGGAAAGCACAUAGACUUCUUGGCCACUGGGAGGAGGCUGCUCAUGAUCUUGCAUUAGCUUGUAAACUGGAUUAUGAUGAAGAUGCUAGUGCCAUGCUGAAGGAGGUGCAACCAAGAGCUCAGAAAAUUGCAGAACAUCGACGAAAAUAUGAGCGGAAGCGUGAAGAAAAGGAAAUCAAGGAAAGAAUGGAGAGAGUGAAGAAGGCACGGGAGGAGCAUGAGAAAGCACAGAGGGAGGAAGAAGCAAGACGACAGGCAGGAGGGGCUCAGUUUGGUGGCUUCCCAGGUGGCUUCCCAGGUGGAUUUCCUGGGGCUAUGCCUGGAGGGAUGCCAGGCAUGGCAGGUAUGCCAGGUCUCAAUGAGAUUCUCAGUGAUCCAGAAGUUCUUGCGGCCAUGCAGGAUCCAGAAGUUAUGGUUGCAUUCCAAGAUGUUGCGCAGAACCCAGCAAAUAUGUCCAAGUACCAGAACAAUCCCAAGGUCAUGAAUCUCAUCAGUAAAUUGUCUGCCAAAUUUGGCAGUAAACCAUAAAAUCCCUUGUUCUUAAAAAAUCAUAUCUGAAUGGGAAGGAUUGGAUUUGGCUAAGCAGUGUUGCAAUAAAACGAACCACUUUACCUCUAAUCUUUUUAAGAAGAGGAAGUUCUAAGGAGAA